AAUCGAUCGCCCCUCCUACAACUCAAUCUUCACGGGCAAAGGCGCUUUACCAGCUAACAAAGUUGCUACAAGUGCUAGACCCGAAUAUUACAAAAAUAAGCUGUCUGUAACCGACACAUUCAGCUUUCCUCCUAGACACAGUCCAUCUACAUCUACCUACAAACCUAGCAAACCAUAAUACUCGCCCUCACUCACCCGUCCACCACCCGUCGUUCAAGGCACCAGCACGAAUUGAUGAUUGACUCCUCCACCAACCGCCACCAACACCAGCUGUCCUCAUCCGACCAGCUAUGGCGGGCAUGGAGCAGCUCGAGAUACACAGCAAGUCGUACAUCGUCCGCUGGGUAAAAGUCGAGGAGGGGCACACCAUAUCAUGGAGCGUCCAACCUCACAAGAAGUCCAUAAACUUCGGCAUCGUCAAGCACCCCGGCGCCGGCGCGACGAGCGCAGCUUCCACACUUCGACCUCCGAAUGAGCGCCUUGAAUCCGAGACCGCGCAGACGCAGGGGGAGGCAGGGGAGCGGCAGCGGAGGUCGAGCACCGUGAGGAAUGAUCUCUCGACUGCGGAGGUGCAGCUUAAGGCGAAGGGGUUUAUACCGGUGGAGUGGUAUGGGAAGUGCGAUGCGGAUAAGGUGACGAUUGGGACGUAUGCUGUUAACGCGGGCAAUGGGGGAAUGUUCGGACUGGUUUUCGAUAAUACGUUCUCGAAGGCUGUGUCGAAGACGGCGACGUUCGUGCUGUUGACGUAUCCGAGCAAUUUUCCGCCGAACUCGACACAUCAUAAUUUGCAGGGCGGGCCGGGGGGGAAGGCCAUGAGCACGGUGGCGCUGGCGCCGAAGAGCAGCAAUGCGAAUUUGUCGGCCGCGGCGAACGAGAGCGUCGAUAGUCUGCACAGCCGGACGCACUCGGCGUCGAGUCGGGGGACAUCGGUGGUGGGGAAGGGGAUGGAGACUGCGCAGCCGUCGUUCCAUGUGGGCAUCCUGAUGAAGCGGAGACGGAAGAGGGGGCAGGGAUACGCGCGGCGCUUCUUCUCGCUGGACUUUGUGUCGUGCACGCUGUCGUACUACUAUAACCGCAACUCGUCUGCGCUGCGGGGCGCGAUCCCGCUGAGCUUGGCGGCGAUUGCGGCGGAUGAGAGGAGGAGGGAGAUUAGCAUUGAUUCCGGCGCUGAGAUCUGGCACUUGAAGGCGGGGAAUGCGAAGGACUUUGCGGAGUGGACGAAGGCGCUUGAGUUGGCGAGUAAUAAGGCGAGAGGGAAUGUUCCGGAUGAGGUGGUGAGCAAGACGGGGAAGCCGCUGGGGAUGCAUAUGAGGUCGAAUAGCGUGUUUAACCGGCCUGUGCGGCCGCCGUCGGAGGAGGACUUGGAGUGGGAUCAAGUUGAGUCGCUGGUGAGUAGGAUUGUGGGGACGAGGGAUGCGGUUCGCAGGCUGGCGAAUGAUACGAAGUCAUCUUAUAAGCAAUCGUGGGCUGGGCUCAGUCUCGGAGCAGGCAAUCCUGCAGUGGUUCCAGAGGAGAAUGGGGACUACUUCAACAAUCCGGCUGAGAGGAGGCCCUUCUGGAAACGGAAGACGAGCAAUCAGAGCACGUUGAAGAAGGGGGCUAAAGGGGCUUCCGGCUCGGCGAAUACGAGUUCCAAUAUCACGCCUCAGUCGACGUCUAGUGCGCCGUCUCCUGCGCCGCCGGGUCAGGUUGCAAAGUCAUCACGAAGGUCUCAGGCGACUAGCUCGGAGGAGGAGAGUAGCAUCAAUGAUCAUUGCGAGGCGCUGCUCAAGGACCUCGACCUUGUUCUAUCAGACCUCAACCAGCUGAUUACCCGCAGCAAGCAACGACGUUAUCCCCCCGGACCCGCUCUGGCGGUGCCGCGUAGGAGCAUGGAUUCUACGUCUACUGGUGAAUUCUACGACGCCGAGGCUGGCGAUGGCAAUGAUUCUCAGAUCAUCGUGGUGGGUCGAAGCAGUGAUGAGGACACGCCAGCAUCUGAUCGUGAGGAUGAGUUCUUGAGCGGUGACGAUGCAUCAUCAGCUGCUUCUGACCUAGAUGAAACUCGCAAGCCCGCAGGCGCCGUGUCCUUCUUCCCGCCGAAGCCGAAAACUCUCGCGCCGCUGCCUGUGACGAGCAAGCCUAAGCGACGCACUACCCUCAAGCCUGCUACGAUGUUACCGCCUUCUCUCAUAUCUUUCCUGCGCAAAAACGUGGGGAAAGACCUCUCUACAAUAUCCAUGCCCGUCAGCUCCAACGAGCCGCUAUCCGCUCUACAGCGCGUAGCCGAGGGCCUGGAGUACGCGCAGCUCCUCGACGCAGCAGCCAAGAGCCCGUCGCCUCAACACCGCCACCUCCUCAUCGCCGCCUUCUCAAUCUCCUACUUCUCAUCGAGCCGCGCCCGCGAGCGCGCCAUCCGCAAGCCCUUCAACCCCAUGCUAGGCGAGACAUUCGAGCUCGUCCGCUCCGACUCCGAGACGCCGGGUAAUUUCCGCUUCCUGGCUGAGAAGGUGAGCCACCGCCCCGUCAAGAUGGCGUGCCAGGCCGACAGCCCGCUGUGGUCGUUUGCGCACUCGUCGAUGCCGAUACAGAAGUUCUGGGGAAAGAGCGCGGAGCUCAUCACUGAGGGGAAGGUGUACGUUGUCCUCCGCCUCGCGGAUGGCGUGGAUGAGUGCUACAGCUGGCCCAUCGCGACGGUGUUCCUCCGCAACGUCGUGAUGGGAGAGAAGUACUUCGAGCCCGUCGGCUCGGUGUCUGUGCUCAACGAGUCGAGCGGCGCUGUGGCGGUCGUAGAGUAUAAGAGCAAAGGCAUGUUCGGCGGGCGCUCUGAGGACGUCGAAGUCGGGCUCUGGGACGCGGCGGGGGGGAAGACCGCGCUUGGCCUCGAAGGUACAUGGACGUCUAGCCUCAAGAUGACGGAGAAGGGGAAGGUUAAGGGCGAGGUGUGGCACGUUGGCUCGCUGGUUAGUAGUGCCGAAUCCCGCUACGGAUUCACCACCUUCGCGGCGACGCUUAACGAGCUCACGGCUGUGGAAGAAGGGAAGAUGGCCGUGACGGAUAGUAGGCUGCGGCCUGAUCAGCGGGCGGCGGAGGAGGGGGAUCUGGAUACGGCGGAGGAGCUUAAGAGGGGGCUUGAGGAGAGGCAGAGAGAGAGGAGGGCGGAGAUGGAGGGGAGGGGGGAGGUGUGGGUGCCGAGGUGGUUUGAGAGGGUUGAGGGGGACGGGGAGGGGGAGGAGUGCUGGAGGUUGAAGACGGGGGGGAGGGGGUAUUGGGAGGAGAGGGUUAAGGGGGGGUGGGAGGGGGUGGAGGAUGUUUUUAAGUUGGAUUAG